CACUGUCAAUCAGCGUUUAAAUUAGGAAACAAAAUUGACACAUUCAACCGUUACUAUUUUAAUUUUUUUGUCUCUGCACUGGAAGUUGUUAAAGUUGUUGUAGUAGUAAGUAGCUAAAGAAAGUUAUAUGUGCGAUAUGUUUAAUGUGGUCUAGUGCAAUUCGUUUAAGAAAUUUCAUCUAUUAGAUGCACUAAGACAAUGGGAAGCAACACCAGCAAAGUAACAAAUGAAGCAGCUGUUCAGGUCCAAAAAAACGACACUGAAAUCAAUUCUGAUCCAAGGUCUCCUACGCCCGAGAUUUCGCGGACACCUUUACAGGGUAAAGGUGGAUCAAAGCACAAUAUAACUAAAAAUGUUGACUUGCGGAAGACCUUUGAAAACGGCCAGGGCGAAGACAAGCUUAUUCACAACAAUCCCAUUCUAUCUGCUGUUAUAAAAAAUCACCUACAGUCUUAUGAUCCUCGCUCACCUACUCAGGACUUUGAGAGAACACCUAUAGUUUUAGGACUGAACACCGAAGAAUUGAAAGACAAAAAUAUGCUAAGGGUUAAAGCUAUAGAUGAUUGUGGCAGUCCUAGUUUGCACAAUAAUAGCACUUCUGAUGAUAGUUUUGUCCCAAAAUCUAUUCCUGACAUUGUCCCUAAAAACCUGUGUGAUGGGUUCCUAAAUCUGACUUUUAAUGACACUAUUAAGGACGUAGAAGAACCAUUAGGCUCAUCCACAGCUUCAAGUGACAGUAUUGAAAAUGCUACGAAGGACUCCAUUGACAAACCAAAAAAAUUAUUAGAAACAAACUUUGACUUUGAUGAAAAAAUUGAAGAAAGUAUUGAAGAAUAUGAGGAAGACAGUAAAGAAUCAAAGAGCAACAAAAAUAAUAGUGAAGAUAAACAGAAAAUACUUAAUUUUGCCAAAUUUAAGAUUUUACCUCAAGACCCAAGAUCCCCUACUAAUGGAAUAGAAAGAACACCUAUUGUGAUUUCUAAAGUUGAAGAUAAGACUGAUGACAAUGUCGAAGAUAUGUCUGAUGAUACACUAAUUAAAGUUCUCCAGAAUACCAAUGCAGAGCUAAUUCAUGGUAUUACAAAAGAAACUGGUAAGGAUUCUGACGGAAUUCUCAUCUAUGAAGAUGAAGAGGAGAGCCGUGAAACCCCUAAGAAAUCUCGAUCAGCAGGCUCAGGUGGAUCAAGAACUCCUUUGUCUUGCAUGAAAAACAAGGGGGACAAUGCUCAUGGCCGCUCUAAAUCUGUCAACACAUUGUAUGACGAUAAAUUCAUUACAGGCAAAAAAAUAUCACAUAUCCCAAGACUGAAAUCGUUAUCAAAAUCUAAAUUCAUACCAGCAGCUAGCAGCACUUCUUUGAGAAGCAUUUCGAAAGCUGUAGGAGUUAUGGGAGACUGCGAAAACACUCCUCCACACUCCCAUCGCGAUAAAUGGGAUAAAGAUACUAGUAUUGUACUUUAAAUUUAAUGUUGAAUUCAUUCACAUAUAAUAAUUUAAAGAUAUGUAUGAUUUCUGAAGCUUUUAUUAAUCAAAUAUUUUGCAAUUAUGGGGCACAAAUACUUGGUUUCACCUUCUUGACUUUGGUUUAUUGACUACGGAUAAUAUUGUCAUUUUAUAGAUUAAAUAUUAAUUGAUAAAUGUAUGUUAAUGCCAAUUUUCUUUAAUAAAAGACCCUUGCUAC